AUGUUUCGAACCAGAGAAGAGACAAAGGAGCUAUGCGCACUAUUGGAAUCUCAUAAGUCAGCUCUCGACUCAAUCAGUGACCAGACCGAAGACGACACAGAUGAGCUGCGUGCAUUUGUUCUUCUAAAAGACACUAUCAUUCACGAUGUGUCGUCACGGGGAUCUUUUUUCGCCUGGAGAAACAGAUCCAUUUAUAUUGAUUUGAUUUCAUCACACUUUCCGCUCAAUUCAGAACAACGACGUGUCCAUGGGGCCAAGCAGGGAUUCGCAGUUAUCCGCCAACCCCACGAGCCACCAAAGUUCUCUGCUCAAGUAGUUCCCCCUUAUUUCGACCCAACCGUCGCGAUAGGAUGGAUUGGCCACUGCAGAGAACAUCAUCGAAAAACAUGCUUUUCUCAGAAAAAUGCGUCUGCCAUCAAUCUAAGGCUGAUCAACUGCGAGACUCUCGUCGUGGAACAAGGACGCUCAGAAUUCUCAUACGUAGCCCUGAGCUAUGUCUGGGGUUCAUCUACUGUCUGCGACCAGUAUUCUCUCGAGUCAGCGUCCGGCAGCAUAUUUGCUCUCCCUUCUGUCCUGCCAGCCGUAAUCUUGGACGCAAUAGCCGUGACCAAAUCGCUUGGCUUCCAGUAUCUGUGGGUGGACAAAUUCUGCAUCGAUCAAACCAAUAACGAAGUGAAGCAUCUGCAAAUUACGCAAAUGGAUUCUGUCUAUGAAAAUGCCGAAUUAACCAUCAUUGCGGCCGCUGGGGUCGAUGAGACUCAUGGCUUGCCUGGAGUCGGCUCCAAACCGCGAUCUGCCCAACCUAUUGCGCGCGUUGGGGGCCUAACCGUCUUAUCAACCAUGAGAGAUGUCCAAGACUCGAUCCGUUCUUCAAAAUGGUUGACAAGAGGAUGGACCUUUCAAGAAGCAUUGCUCACUCGACGCCGCCUCGUAUUUACAGAAGAACAAGUCUAUUUCGAGUGCGCUGCAAUGAACUGCUGUGAGAGUUUUUCUGGGUCGACUGACGCAUUGUACAACGAAUGGGGGUCAACGUCACCACAGUAUCAAAGACCUGGCAUGUUUGAAAGAUCUGGCUGGCAGAAAUUCGUUGGCUUCCGCGGCAGACCUGGGAAUACCCUAAACAUCUUUAUACGAUAUCUGACUGCGGUCGAGGAUUACACAGCUAGGGAACUACGAUUUGAGCACGAUUCAUUAAACGCAUUUGCUGGAAUAAUGAAGAAAUUCGAGAGGGCUCGUGAGCCAAUCACUCAGCUAUGGGGCAUUCCCACUACGAUCAAGCGCCCAGAACUGACAAAACGCUGCUUUGUCGAGGCUCUAUGCUGGAGACAUGUUCAUAGCUGCUGGGACAGUCUUUCACAGCCCAUCCGCAGGCCGGACUUCCCCUCCUGGUCAUGGGCUGGCUGGGCUGGAAAGGUAGAAUACGCGAUAAUGUCCGAUUCGGAUUCCAUGGUGUCCCAACUUCCCAUGAUACAGCUUUCUGAAUGGCAGCAGUCAAUCCUAAACGCGGCAGUGCACGUAAAUAUAUCUCUCGAAUCUGAAGCAGGUCAGAUCUUGGAACUGAACGAUAAAGCAGAGUCUAUCUCGACUGAUCGCUUUAGCGUGGCUUUCGCUAGAGUUCUCCGAUUACAGGGUGGCGUCUUUCCUCCAUCCUCAUUUUCAUAUAACAGGAAGCAAAGAUGGAAGCUAUUAGGGCUUCCUGCAAAGAUGUCCCUAUCUCAGGGGCCAGAUAGCCAAGAUCGGCUUCUCGAGCAGUUAAAUAAGAAGGAUGGUAGCCUGCUCUGCAUUCAUAUUAGAGACAUUGGCACCACCAUCUUUGGUCUUAUUAUUGAAAUGCGAGGCAGGGUUUCUUCCAGGGUUGGCCUCAUCACUGCUGAUUGGCAUGGCUACAAGGAACCAAAUUAUGGCCUCCUUGAGCAGAGAACUUUUCGCAUAGUAUAG